CGGUAAAGUGCGUGAAUACCAACGAGUGUGAUUUUUGCAGCGCGAGCCGAAGGCGAGCGUUGCAAAGCACACGAGUUGGUGUUCACGUACAUUUGCCGAAUCGUUGAGUAAUAUGUUUUACUUAAUUAGUAUAGGUAAAGCUCUCAGUGCCUCACUGUUUAAAACAAGGCAGUUGUCUUUAAGUCACUAUGCGUACAAAAUUACACAAAAAUGUAAAAAAAAUUACAAUUGUAGUUCUUUAAUUAUUUAUCUAAAUGGCAACCCUGCUUUACAUUCGAAGCGUGUUUUUCAGUAGAUAGAAAAGAUAACGUACGUACAUGUGGUAGUGAUUUUGAUUUCUUGAAUAUGAAUUUCUUUCUUCUUAUUCGUUUAAUUUUGAAAUAAAGCAAUGGGUGUUUGAUUUUUAUCUAUCAGAAAAUGAAUUCCGUUUUGUUUUAGUUUAUUUAUUCACAAAAUCAAUUUCGAUUUUUAGUAUUUACAUUAAAAUGUGAAGUGAUGAUAACAAAGUGAUGUGAAUUUUACUGAAGUACGUAGUAGUUUAGUUAUGUACUCGUACAUACAAUUUAUUCUUCAAAAAAGAAUUUUAAAACAUGGUUACUUGAUAUCUUUUGAACACAAAUUUCAUCGAAUACCUUCGAAUGAACUGGCUGAAAGUAGAUUACAGAUUUACGUACAUGUGAUUUCUUACUUCUUUGAGUGAAUUUUACUUCGUUUAGUUCGUUUAGUUUUGAAAUAAAUCGUGGAUGUUCAAUUUCUAUCUAGGUAUCAGAAAAUGAAUUUUGUUUUGUUUAUAAUGUGAUGAUAACAAAGUGAUGUGAAUUUUACCAAAGUACUUAUAUACUCAUAUUAUGUAUUACCGUUUAUUCUCGAAAUUAGUUACACUUCACUUGAUCAUUCUCAAUGUGUGUUUUGUUUGUAAAUCAACUCUCCCAAGGAAUUAUCAACAGGUACUGUGGUCUAUGAUGUUCUUACUUUGAAAAAAUUAUUCAUAAAAGAAUUUAACAACGUAACUUGAUAUCUUUUGAAAGUUGAAACUAAAUUUCAUCGAAUAUGUACGAAUAUGAGGAAUGAACUGGCCCAAAUCCUUAAUCAUAGUAUUGAAAGUACAGAAGAAUAUUUAAUUUAAUAGUUCAGUUAGAAUAGAUUCGCUCAAAAACGUCUGAAAAAUGUUAUAAAGAUUCACUAAUCGCCAUUUUAUGCAUACUCACAUAGGUAUUGUUGAUAUUACGGUUGUGUCAUUGAUAAACUCGCGUCAGUACCGUACUGCUGAAAGUAGCCGGUAAAGUGUAACAAUACCGCUCUGAAAACAGUGCGGUACUGAGAGUUUUACCUAUACCUAUUAAGUAAAUCGUAUGUACCUACAUUCACGAUAAAUGUUUAGGUAAAUGAAACCUCUUUUGAAAAUUAUCUUCACAUGUUCAUUAAAAUUUAGUUGAAUUCAAAACAAAACGCAUGUAUUAGUAGGUAUUCCCACAAUCUGCGGCAGGCGGCAGUCAUUUUUGCACCUCACAACAACGUUGUAUUGAUAAGUAUCAUAUGUAUGUUAUAUAAAAAAUAUAUUAUUCAACUAGGAAGAUAGAGUACGCGAUCAUAAACGAGUGAGAUACAACACUCGGCUACGCCUCGUGUUGUAUUUAGCACUCGUUUGUAAUCACGCACUUUAUCUCCCUAGUUGCAUAAUAUACUAUUUCUUGAUAUACGCUACGAAAGUAGAAUAUAAACGUUGAAAUUCAUAUUUUCAUAGGAAAUUAGGAAUUAUUAAAAAUAAUAUUAAACAGACAGAACUUUGAUGAUUGAUUUGAUGUGUUGUUCAAGAUAAUUGUAAUCUUUUUGGUGUUUUUUUCGCUGUAUUUCUGAAGUAAGUAAGUAUGUAUUUGUAUCAUGAUGAAACGAAAACUUCGGCUGCGGAGAUCAAUUUGAAAUGAAAUAAAAUAAGGAUGACAGCUAGAUUACUUAUAUCCUUUCAUUUUAUGAAGCUUUCUUCAGUUCAAGGCGAACUAAUGUAUGUACUUAGACUUACCUUAUUCGAGUUUUUGUAGUUAUACAAUCUUUAUCAAUAUCACAAUACAAAACAAUUCUUCCCUACGUCUUAUUCUUGAAAGAAUUAUGUAUGUUGGAGAAAUUUUCAAUGCAACAUCCGAAGUCUUCGUUUCACCCAUGAUACAUACAAUUAGCUAUCGAUCUUCACAAACAAUGAAUUGGUUAAAUCAAAUGAACUCGAUCACCGCAUAAAAUAAGUUUGAAGUAAUUUCAAAUAAAGCAAAAAGAACACGGAAACGAAUAAUUAUCACGAACAACACACUAAUUAAUCAUAAUGGGUGUUAUAUUUAGAUUAUUUAGACAAAUUUUUUCAAUUCAACAUCCGAAGUCUUCGUUUCACCCAUGAUACAUACAAUUAGCUAUCGAUCUUCACAAACAAUGAAUUGGUUAAAUCAAAUGAACUCGAUCACCAAUAAAGCAAAAAGAACACGGAAAAGAAUAAUUAUUACGAAUAACACACUAAUUAAUCAUAAUGGGUGUUAUAUUUAGAUUAUUUAGACAAAUUUCGAGUCUGAGUGAGUGAGAAGUCUGUGUUACGUACUACUCGCCACUCCGUUUCUCGAUAAAACUGAUAACGUUCGUUUUCGUACUCGAUGUACUCCUACUUGAUGCGUUCGUGCGUUCUUUUCAUCUCAGUGAGACGAAAAAGCGUUCUUUUCGUCUCACUGAGAUGAAAAGAAACAGUCGCGUAAUAUCAAUGAGUUUCGCACGUUAUCGAACGACAGAUAUUCUACAGUUUCGUAGCGUGUAUCAAGAAAAAAUAAUAACGCACGUAGAAAUAGGACUAGUUUAAAGAAAUAGAUUUAAUUGGAGUAAGGUAAAUGCGGGUAGAUAUAUGUGACGUUUUUACGACUUUUCAACGCGUUCCCACGUUAUAUAAUUAGAGAUUUAUAUGCACGUAGAUGCAGCAGAGCAAUAACGCACUUGGCUUUUAAUUUAUUCACACGCUUCUUUUCCCCCAAUUUCACCUGCUUAAAAAUACGUCGACUCUAGCUACGAUUAUAUAGAAAUACGAUGGUUAAGUUAGUCUUAGUAUAUUCGUUAAGAUGUAACGUUCUCCGUCAAUAUAUGGUACGUUAUAUACGUGUAGUAUGCUUCUGUUCGUGUUGAGUAAUUCUCAGUAUUUUCGAUCAACGAAUUAAAUACGACAAAUCCGAUUUUCGACCUCUACGAAUACGAAAACGUUAACAAUAAUAGUUCUUAUCAGUUCUUAUCUUACAGACUGGCUGAGACCUGAUUUGUAAAGUUUGUAAAGUUUCUAUUUAGUAGUUGUACAAAUUAAUUAAAUUGCGUAGUACCACUAUAGUAGAUACAAUAUGGUUUUUGAGAAUAAUUGCGUUGGAUGUGGGAUUCGCGGUACAACUGGUUUCUUUAAGUUUCCGGAAAAUCCAUCUACGAGAAAACUUUGGUUGAAGAAAUGUGGUGUUGACGUAUCAACUCCGUUAGCCCUUCACGCUCGGCUAUGUAUGAAACAUUUUAAACAUGACGAUAUCUCACAUGUCAAUGAUCGAUUUAUAUUGAAGAAGGAUGCGGUUCCUAGUAUGAAAGUCGAUCCAGGAAAAAUCCAUAAACUUGGUCGAUACAAAACGUCGUGUUACAUAUGCGGUGCGACGUACGCAGAAUCAUUUCAUUACGUGCCUAAAGACACGAAAAAAAGGGAAGCAUGGCUGGGAAAUCUGGGUUUGAAGUUUGGCCGUUUUAAUCCUGUUCCCGCCACUCAGAUGCUUCUGUGUAAUUCACAUUUCUUGGCAGGUGAUAUCAUUCGUCACCCAUACUCAAGACACCAUAAAUUACGACGAGGAGCUAUGCCCAUUGAUAUAUCACAGAACGCUAGAAAUAACCAAACUGGACAAUCGACAUCAAGGUAUAGAGAAAAUGUAAUAUCCGUAAUCAUGUGCUCUAAAGCAAACGGUUCUAAGGAAUUAUCUGAGAAUUCCAAAGUGAUUUCUGUUUCAAGAGAACUUUUAGAAAAGAAGGGACCUGAUCAGUCGACUAUUUCGCGGAAGAAGAAAAUCGACAAAAUCGUUACUCCUACUAUGACAGACUUGACUUCUAAUGGUGUUCGAGAUUCUAGUAUUCUUGAAUGCAAGCUAGAGAAAAAAAAUAAACGCAUUCGUCGAUUGAAAGAGAAAAAUGCGCGAUUAAAAAAAGAAUCAACUUCUUACCUAAAUUUGCUUAUGGAUUUUCAUGCGGAGGUCGGAGAUAACAUCAAACGCAUAAGUCGAUUGAAAGAAGGAAAAACCCGUUUGAAAAAUGAGUCGAAGAGUCAUCGAGCUUUGCUUGAUUACUUGCUUAUGCGAAAAUUUGUUACGAAGCAAGGGAUGCAGAUAAUACAAGCAUUUAGACAAGCCUCAGAAAAUCCAGUACAGUUAUAGUUAUAUGUUUCAGCGCUAUUUUAAUUUUUAAGACGUUUCACUUUAGUUUUAUAUUUACGUACGUUAUGUUUUAUGUUACUUUUUUACAUAUAUUUUUUUUAAUUAAUCUUACUGAGGUAUAGUAAAUGUAAUAACUGAUAGCUCAAUUCAACGGAAUUAUUCAAGUCUCGCAUUUAAAUCGCGUUUUAGUUUAUAUCUCCCUGAUUUUUGCUAUAGAAAUCAAAGUUGAAAGUACUCAGCAGUUGAUACGAUUCAGUGACAAACUGAUUUAAUAACAAUGUAUUUUUGUAGAAUGAUGGGAGUAAAUUAAGGUAUAGUUUCUUAUUUUUCGGUUGUAGUCUUUCAUUAUUCAGAAUUAUUAAUAAGGAUUAAACAAUUUCAGUAUACAAAUUGUUCCAAUUGUAUUUUAAAAAUGCCUGUUAUGAGCUAUUAAUUGUUGGAUAGGAGAAACAUUGCAGUCUACUUGUGUUUUUUUGUUUUUGGCUGUGCGAUGUGCCUAUUGGCCCAUGUUAGUACUUAUUUUUAUACUAAUACAUGUUUGAUAAAAACUGUUUUAAAA